AUGUCGGCCCCUGCCAACUCAUCCACAGUGGUUCGCAGCCAUUCGACCUCUUCCAGGCCGUCUAGAGCUGUCCAGUCCGAUCUACCCCAUCGCACUAGAAGCGUGGCGGUCCGAUCGACCAACUCCUCCCAGCCCCCUCCACACUCUCACUAUUCACACUCCAAGACCCCCUCUCACGACCGUCGUCCCCCCUCCAACCAUGCCGCUCUAGACACCAUCGCCCGCCGCGAUUUCGAAGCUUCCAACCUUGCCAAGAUGCCUUCUCGUCGUGAACCUUCCUCCGAACGUUCGCAAGAACGCCCAUCCACCGCAACCCGGACCGAGUCCACCCGACGACACUCCAGAAACCCAUCGUCAUCAGGACACAAACGAGAGAGCAUGGACACUGCUGCCGCCACUGCGCCCGACCGCGCUGCGGAUUCUUCCCAGCAUGCGACCGGCACUCAAUCCUCCCAGCCCUCUUCUUCCCAGCCUAGGCGUCGCACGACCAUCACCACGCCAACGGGCCAAUGGGCGCUCGGGAAGACCAUCGGUGCGGGGAGCAUGGGUAAGGUGAAGUUAGCCAAGAAUAUCGAAACUGGCGAGCAGGUUGCCGUCAAGAUCGUCCCCAGACUCUCGACCGAAGAACACCGCAAUAGCCGCGACACCGAACGAGCCGACCGAUCAAAAGAAAUUCGAACCGCCCGAGAAGCCGCCAUUGUCAGCUUGGUGAAUCACCCGUACAUUUGUGGCAUGCGCGAUGUGGUACGGACAACAUAUCACUGGUACAUGCUCUUCGAGUAUGUCAAUGGAGGCCAGAUGCUCGACUACAUCAUCUCCCACGGCAAGUUGAAGGAGAAGCAGGCUCGCAAGUUCGCUCGACAAAUCGCCAGUGCCCUCGAUUACUGCCAUCGCAACAGUAUUGUCCACCGUGACUUGAAGAUCGAGAACAUUCUAAUCAGCAAGACCGGCGAUAUCAAGAUCAUCGACUUUGGCCUCAGCAAUCUAUUCUCCCCGAGGAGUCUGCUCAAGACAUUUUGCGGCAGUCUCUACUUUGCUGCACCUGAGUUGCUCCAGGCGAGACAAUACACCGGACCUGAGGUUGACGUGUGGAGUUUUGGAAUUGUUCUUUAUGUUCUUGUUUGCGGCAAGGUGCCAUUCGACGACCAGAGCAUGCCUCAGCUCCAUGCCAAGAUCAAGAAGGGUGUGGUCGAAUAUCCACCUGGCCUGACUGCUGAAUGCCGCCAUAUCAUAUCUCGCAUGCUGGUCACUGACCCGAAGCAACGCGCGAGCUUGAACGAAAUCAUGAACCACCCUUGGAUGAACAAAAGCUUCAGCGCACCCCCAGAAAACCACCUUGCCCACCGCGAUCCACUGCAGCUGCCGUUGGAUCAAGAGGUCAUCGACAAAAUGACCGGAUUUGACUUCGGCCCUCCAGAUUACAUUGAAGCUCAAUUGAUGAAGGUGCUGGAGUCAGAUGAUUAUCAACAUGCAGUCCGACUUAAUUUCCGUGAACAGCCUAUCGCCAACCAGGCAGAGAAGAAGCGUGGCGUCUUCGACUUUUAUAAACGACGCAACUCAGCUGCUAGCCGGGAUACCCUGUCCGCACCUUCUGCUGAGGCGGUGCAGCUGGGCAAUGACCCCUUGAACGCUUAUAGUCCCUUGGUCUCGAUUUAUCACCUCGUGAAAGAGAAGCUGGACCGAGAGCGGACCGAAAGUCGCCCAGGCGCCCUUGGUAUUCGUCCGACCGCCGGCGAAGAGCAGUUACCCCCGGUGGCGCCUCCCGAGGCUGCACACACCAAUCAGUACCAACUGCCUGGAGAGAAGGAUAUUGGCCGCCGAUCUCGCCCACGUGCCAGAACCCACGGCGAAGACGAAGUCACCGAGGGCAUGAAGAGUCUGCACACGCACUCGCCUUCAGCUCAUGCCGUGCCAAAUGUGGUGCACCCCGACACCCCCGCCAAGAAAGAGAGCACUGCUGCCGGUAUCCUGAGGCGCUUCAGCACUCGCAGGACCAAGGAUCGCAGCCGCGAUGUCGAUCGCGAACGUAUCAGCACCCCGAACACGCCUACGCUCAAUGUUCAAGCUCCCGCCGACUCCGCAUCUCCUAUGCACCGCGGGUUUAGCGUGAGACGCACUCGACGUGCUGACCCUUCGUCGGCUCCUCUUACACCCGGUGGUAGCCAGCCUCAGCAAGACUUUCUCGCUGCCCCAGGCUCGGCCGAACAAUCUUCGCAGUCAAAGUUCUUGGGUCGAUCUACUAGCGUUAACUCUGCCGACUACCGACCUCGCAGAGCCGCCCGGAGAAGUGAUGCUGAUACGCUGGACGUUGGUCAGCCUCCUUCGACUAGCGGAUCUGAUCAGAUUGGUCCGAACAGUCAACCUGAUCAAACCGGCCUGAGACCUAGUACUCGCACGCACACUGCACGAACCAUGUCACUCGGUCACGCACGCCGAGAGAGCAUCCAAGCUCGUCGGGCUCGACGAGAGGCUGCCAGAGAGGCAAAUGUGCCAGAGGAGACUGAUGCGGAUAUCUCUGGCGCGGGCACAGCACUGGAGAGCGCCAACGAAGGAGAGGAUCUCUCCAAGCCUGUCUACCUCAAGGGUCUCUUCAGUGUGUCUACCACCAGUAGCAAGCCCUUGCCCGUUAUCCGGGCGGACAUUAUUCGAGUUCUCAGGCAGCUUGCAGUGGAAUAUGUCGAGAUUAAGGGUGGUUUCAGCUGUCGUCACGCCCCUAGCAUUGACCUCGAUAAGGUGGUUGAUGUGAGCCCUCCCAGCCCAGACCGACAGGCCGACAUGAUAGCCGCAGUGGUGCUGAGACUGCAACGUCGCACCCAGGGUCAACCAGACCGCAGUUUCACCACCAACUCGGACGGAUCCGAGGAAUACGUUGCUCGAGAACAGCCCCAGGCCGCGGUUGGCGAACGUGUUGUUGGCGAAACCACCACCCGAGUCCAAAGCGACACCGGCGAGAAUCUUGUACUACGAUUUGAAAUCCUCAUCGUGAAGGUCCCUCUUUUCUCGCUGCAUGGUAUUCAGUUCAAGAAGGUUUCCGGUGGUAUGUGGCAAUAUCGUGAAAUGGCGAAGAAGAUCUUAGAUGCCUUGCGCCUGUGA